UGGCCGAGGGUAGUAUAAAGGCCAGGGCCACUUUGCCCCAGAACAGAUCUAACAACUGCAGGGAAUCAUUUACUGCCGUGCCACAGCUUAUUUUUUUACUUUUUGGGGGAAGACAGACAUUGAAGUUAUACAGCAAAAGGCUUCAAAUCGACCAUUAACAUGGACAUUCAGCGAGCUUCCUUGUUGUUGGGGUCUCCUGGCUCCAUGGAGAGCCUUGAGAAACAACUAAGCUGCCCGAUUUGUUUGGACAUGUUCACCAAACCGGUGGUGAUACUGCCCUGUCAGCAUAACCUGUGCCGUGGAUGUGCUAGUGAUCUUUAUGACUCUCGAAACCCUUAUCGUUUCUCUGGUGGUGUCUUCCGGUGCCCUACUUGCCGUUUUGAAGUGGUUCUUGAUCGUCAUGGCGUGCAUGGACUUCAGAGAAAUCUUCUGGUUGAGAACAUAAUUGACAUAUACAAACAGCAGCAGGAAGGUGGAAGUGGUGGCAGCACCACAGAAACGCCAAUAAAACCUAAAAGCUCUAAAGAACCAAUGUGCCAAGAGCAUGAGGACGAGAAGAUCAACAUCUACUGUGUGACUCACCAAAUUCCCACUUGCUCCAUGUGUAAAGUCUUCGGCCAACAUAAAGACUGUGAGGUGUCACCACUUGCUAGUGUCUAUCAGGCUCAAAAAGGGGAGCUGAGUAAUGCCAUCGAUGCUCUUGUAGCAGUUAAUGGUCGCCUUCAAGCGUUGCUUAACCAGAUGGAGGAGGCCUGCACAACUGUUCAGGACAAUGCUCAAGGUGCCAAGCAAAGGCUUGGUGAAUGCUUCGAUUCCCUGUAUGCAGCCUUGGAAGAGCGUAAGAAUGCCCUCUUGGAACGUAUAACCAAGGAGCAAGAUGAGAAGAUAGAUGCCCUCAGGAGUCUGGCCAAGCGUUAUGGGGAUCGUCUUCAGGCAGCCACAGAGUUGACAGACACGGCCCUGCAGGCACUGGAGCAAAGCAGUGCUGCAGAUUUCCUGCUGGCCUCCAAGAACCUGAUUGCACAGACAAAGGACGUGACGAAGAGCUCAUUGGCUGAAGAAAGGCCUGAGCCAGGCUUUGAAAGAAUGGACCAUUUCACUCUGGAUACAGAACAAGUGGAGACUUUGUUGUCCAAGAUGGACUUUGGAGGAGAUGAUGAUGAAGAAUUUGAAGAUGCUGAAGAUCAGGAAGAGGAGUAAAUGGGAAUAGUUUUCUAGAGGGCAAAUAGGAUGUGAUGAAGGACAAGAUCAAGCAAGGACAAUAGCAAUGAGAAAGACGCAGGUUUAAUGUUCGUAUAUCACUGCUAAGCAGUGUCAGCAUUUCAACUUUUAUGACAAUAAGAAUAUUUCAGAAUAACUAGGUGCCACUUUUAUACUUUUUAUGAUGUAGUUGCUGUUGUCACUUUAAAAGUUAUCUUCUUUUACAUGUUUUACUUAGCAUUGUUGUAACAGUAUGUGGUUAUACAGUUCUGUUUACUCAAAUGUGGACUUAAUGCUUUGAUAUUAAAUAAAAUGUUCAAAUUUA